UAGAGGGCGUAUUUCAAUAUGGCAGCCUCCAGAGAGGAAAAUGUGAAUUACAAAACAACUGCUAAAACGGCCGCUGGAAAACCUUGCAGGGCUUGCACGGACUUCAAAUCGUUUGCAAAGUCACAAGGAUUAGUCAUGCCACCUGGACUGCAUAAUAAUAAAUCAGCAAGUGACGGCAAAGAGCCUGCCAGUGAUCCUGAGUGCCCAUUGGAUCGGGAAGAGCUUGGGCGGAACACCUGGUCAUUUCUGCACACCAUGGCGGCGUACUACCCGGACCGGCCGACAGAGAUGCAGCAGAGCGAGAUGGGACAGUUCAUCAACCUCUUCUCCAAGUUCUUCCCCUGCGAUGAGUGCGCCGAGGAUCUCAGAGAAAAGUUAAAGACCAACCAGCCGGAUACCAGCAGCCGCCACGCCCUCUCCCAGUGGUUCUGCAGGCUGCACAAUGAUGUCAGCCGCAGGAUAGGCAAGCCCGAGUUUGACUGCAGCAAGGUGGACGAGCGAUGGCGAGAUGGAUGGAAGGAUGGCUCCUGCGACUGGUGACCCAGGGCUCUGUGCAGGGCUGGGCCCCCUGCACGCGGAGUACCAGGCGUUAUGGUUUUCUCAGAACUCGCCUCCAUUUCAAAUUUUGGCUUUCGCUCGAAAACCGUUUUGUAGGCCUUCAGUAUUUGAGCCAGUUGAAAAGGCAUGGCAUAUUAUAUUGUGGUGUCUGCAUUUCGGAAGCAAAACACUAAAUCAUAUUGAAUUGGCAUUACAUCCUCAGGGAACUAAAAAUAAAGCCAAAGCCACAACUGAGAUGAAGUUGAGAUUUGAGAAAGAGGCAUAGUGCUGUGUAUGAUAGACUAUUUAAAUUUCAAAGUUGCAUACACAUUUUUGCAAUAUCAAAAUUAUGUAUUAAAAUGUAUGAAAGUAUUCUUAGUGUAUUUGAUUCAACACAGCAGAACCACAACUUUUCUGUAGACAACCCACUCGUUACCGUAAUUCCACUUUUGUUUCAAUAAUUCAGUACAUUAGCGAAUAUUUAAAGCAGACAGUUUGCAGGGCAUUUCUCAGAGUACAAAUCGUCUAUUCUAUAAUUGUCUAUAACAGUUGUGAAUUUCUUCUUGGAGGAUCUAAUCUGUGACAUGGUUCUUGGAUGUUUGGGGAAACAUUUUCAGAUUUGUAGAUGUUCCCAUAGCUCAGCCUAUCAGAUGCAGGAAUUGGCCUUUCCGCGGCCCAUGGCAACCAAUGACAUCCAUCCAGCUUCUAACCUUAGACCUUUUUUUCACCAAGUCAACAUGGCUAGUCCUUUGAAGUGGUAACUUUCCAGGGUACCUGCGUGGACGUGAAAUUGCUUAACGUGUAGUUUUACUGUAGUGAACUAUUUAUUUUGAAUGCAAUCUUUUUUAAAGUCACAUUUAUUGAACACCUGAUGCAGUGAUGAAAAAUAUUAAGAGUCUGUCUCAUCUAAUU